AAUAAUUAAAAACUUAUUCUAAAAUCAGAGGGUUUCAUUUGUUUGCACCACCCUGUAUAUUUAGUUAAGUAAAUUACUAUUGUAUGUAAAGGCUUAUAUGAGUUUUUAGCACAAUUGUAUAACUUAAUGCAGAUCAUCAUGAAGAAAAAAUGGAUAAUAUUGGCGUUGAUUCUAUGCAUACUAGGUCUUUGUGUUUUAAUCAAUCUUGAAGGUGACAGUUGGAUGUUUCUCACAAAAAAUCUCAUCGAUGAAAAUGAUGACAAAUUAGAAUUAGUGGCAGUAAGGACAUAUGGCAAUAUUGUUAAGUCCAGAACAGAUGGAUUGAACUGUAUGGGAAUACUGCAGGGUAAUAAAACAGCUAUUGAUAUAGCUGAUAAAAUUGUGAAAACUACAAAUGCUGAUCUUGGAAAUAUUGAGGAAACUGACUUUAACAGUAUGGUUCUUAAUAUGACAAAAGAUUGUAAAGCCUACAAAGAUGUUUUAUAUUCCAACUCCUAUUCACACAUGGAUGAAAUCCAGUUUCCAAUUGCUUAUGCACUUAAAAUACACAGAUCAGUUUUACAAUUUGAAAAGCUAUUUCGACAGGUUUAUGCUCGUCAAAAUAUCUACUGCAUUUACAUUGACAUGAAUUCACCGGAAAGCUUCCAUAAUGCAGUUAAAAGUGUUGUGAGAUGUUUCGAUAACGUUUUUAUUGCAUCAAAUCUGGAACAUGUGGUUUAUGCAAGUAUCACUCAUGUAAGGUCUGAUCUACAAUGUAUGAAACAAUUAGUUAAUUCAACAGUAGAUUGGAAAUAUUAUCUCAAUGUUGUUGGGCAAGAGUAUCCUCUAAAGACAAAUCGUGAAAUUGUACACAUUCUAAGACGUCUUAAUGGAAAGAGCAGUAUAGAAUCAUACCCACACACUAACGUAUGGCGGUUUGCCUCAAAAUUCAAAUUAAAUGAUAAAGGAGAUGCUUUGAUACCAACCUCUGAGAAAAAAGACCCAUUUUACUUGAAAUGGGAAAUGUACAAAGGUAGUGCAUAUGGGGUUUUCGCUCGAUCAUUCGUGAAUUAUAUUCUCAAUGACAAAGAAGCAGGGGAAUUCAUUGAUUGGUUAAAUGAUACAUCUGCCCCAGAAGAGACUGUUUGGUCAACUCUAAUUCGUCACCACAGUGGUCCAGGCCGUUUGAACGUAACUGUUAGACACAAUCAAAAUCACCAGCUGUCAAGGGCAGUUAUUUGGGCGUGGGAUCCUCAAAAAUGUCAUGGCAAAUUUGUGAGAACAGUAUGUGUGUAUGGAAUCCAAGAUUUCUCUUGGUUAGCAAGUCAACCAAAUAUUUUCGCAAAUAAAAUAGAUGCUUUCCAAGACAGUGCUAUAAUGGAGUGUUUGGAUGAAUGGCUCAAACUCAAGAAUGAACAUUCUGAUCCUGUCCUCACAUUAAACUGGCAUUACUUGAAUAAUCUACCACAAGUAUCAGGAAAACAGUAAAUAACACUCUCAGCCAUAAUAGUGCUAUGAUGAAGAAAUCCUAAGGGCUGCAUCUACUGUACAAUCAGCAGGCCUGUCAACUGUCCCGCAAUUUGCGUAUUUGUCACGCAUUUGCUGAAGAAUUUGAAGUCACGCCAGUUAUUUUUGCGUGACAGAAAAUGUCACGCAAAUACGCAUUUUACCUGGUAAUUGUCAAGCAAAAAUGUUUCUGUAGAACAAUUUCUAAAAAAGAUCGUCUACACAGCAAAAAUAUGAACGCCGGAAAAAAAUGUACGCAUUUCGUUCGGACUUUUCACGCGAAUUACGUAUAUGUCACGCAUUCCGUUCGAGAUUUUUCGUACCUCCCCCCCCCCCCCCCCCCCCCCCCCCCCCCCCCCCCCCCCGUUGACGGAUGUUUGAAACGCGAGCGUAGCGAGCGCGAAAAAUUUGAGGUGUUCAAAAUUUGGCAAGAUGUAAUAAAAUUUAAACCAAGGUGUUCAAAAUUUGGAUCAAGGUGUUCAGAUUUAGACCAAGGUGUCCACAUUUUGAGGGGAGGUGUUCAACAUUUCCAAGUCACUCAUGUUAGGUGUUCCCAAGUUGACAGGCCUGA